AUGAUUAUUUGGCAAAAAUUGCAAAUAUUCUUCGUCUUAUCCCAUAUAAUAACUUGUUCUGCAACCAAUGACCAAUUUUUGAUCAGUGCUGGUUCUUCUAAUUCAGAGUUGAAACGCAACUCAAUCAAUGAAAGACCGGAUUUAGUCUUAGAGUUUAUGGAGGAGAACGGAAUCAAAAUUUGACACCUCAUAUUGGCAUUGAUAGGUAUUAUAGUAAUCGGGUUUUUAUUAUGCUACCCAUGUAUACAUUUUUUGAAGCUCCACAGACAAAACCAUUCUCAGCAUCUUUCAGAACCGCUUUUAUCUGGCAAGAAGCUUGAAGAGUCCUUUGAAGUAAGAAUUGAGGGGCCUGAAAUAAAUCAAAACAAUCAAAUCAAGAUUGAUUUACCGAUGUUCCGGCAUGCUUUUUGCCGUCCUAGCACAAUUGCAGGGAGAAUUGCAUCGGUAUAG